CGUUGAACCUCCACAAUCGGAUAGCUCAUAAAAUGGCAGAAUUUGCCCUGAAAGGUUUAGCAAUAGCCAGCAAACUUAUAGAAAGCAGAAUACGUGAACAAGUUCUUUUUGAUUUGAAGGAAACUGAUGUUGUCGGGCAGCAUUUCAGAGAGUUUUUCAUUAAACAGCUCGAAGAAAUAAAAGAGAAGCUUGAUGGUUUGGCCAGAGUUGAUCUAUUGGCAAGUUUAAAUUUUUUUAAAGAUGGGAUUACUUUACUCAACGGACACUUAGAUAAAGUUACCAUUCAAGAUUCUUCAAGGGACCAUGAAGAUACCGAAUCUUUCUCCUCAAAUCUAGCUAAAGGUCUGGCAGCCCUUGGAUUUACCACAACGAUGACAGGACCUGAUGAUGCUCAGAUAGUAGGACCAGAUCAAACCGAUAGUUCAUUUAUUGUUGAAGCGAAAGAGAAAUUCGACAAGGCUAUUGAAUGUGCUGUAAAAGCCAUAAGUAACGAUACAUUAAAGUUGAACGAUCGAAUUUUUGCAGCUAGACUACGCAUGAUUGGAACCAUUCUCAAGCAUAUCGAUGACAACUCAAUAUCCUUGACCUUAUGUAAAAGCUACAUCAGACAGCUAAACUCAAUCCCUGAAGUGUUAAAUAAUGUGAGAGUGCAUUUUAAUAAGGGAGUAGGAGCAGCAAUGAGAAAGACACUGUAUGCUGAUGAGAGAAAUGAGUUAGUUUGGUCUGUGAUCUCUAUCAACAGAGUGUUAUGGAAUUAUGCUCAUCUGUGUAAUGUCGACAGUUCUUACUACACCGACUGGCCACUUCUUGACAUUACUGAUGCAGGAAAAAUUCACCCCGUUCUUGAUGCAGCUGUUCGAGAGAUGUAUAGUUGGCUGCUUGAAGAUAAUUUGUCUUGUCCUGAAGGUAUUGCAGUAGCUCCCAAUGGGUGUUUUGUUGUUGCAGACACCUUAAAUGAAUGUGUCAAAGUGUUCAGCUCUGGAGGCUUUUAUAUGUUUGCUUGUAAGUUUCCUAAGCCAGAAAUUCAAGAUGCAGAAAAGGAGAAGGCAAAUAAGUCUCCUCAAUCUGAUGGUUCCUCUUUAUCUGUGGAAACUGAUAACAGUACAAACAAUCCCAUCAGCUUCAAGCCAAGAUGUGUCACGGUGACUGAUGAAUUCACCAUUUUUGCAGGAUCUAGCCGGGGAAGAAGGGAAGAUCAUUCCAUGCAAGCUGAAGUAUACAUUUUCAACAGUGAUGGAGAUUUUGUCAAAUCCUUUGGUAAAGAGGUUUUUAGUGUUGAUUCUGUUCUUACUAGCAUGGCGAUAGAUUCCAGUUAUGGCCGUCUACUUAUAAGUGACGACCAUGCUCACUGUAUCCAUACCUUCAACCUCAAUGGGGAGUACCUGUCAAAGCUAUGUGACUGGGAAUAUCAUGAAGGCUAUUCACACAUAGCUGUCAAUCAAAAUGGACACAUUCUGAUUACACAUUGGGAUCAUGUUCGAAUCUAUGAUAGUGAGGGAAAAUUUGCUUCCAAGUUCAAAACAGAAUAUGGAAUACCAUUAGGUGGGAUAGCAUAUGAUAGUGCUAGACAACAAGUCUAUGUGCUUUGUAAAGCAUAUAAACAUAUUGACAAGAAUUCCAAGCCAAAUUUACAAGUUUGUGAUAAAGAGUGGGAGCCUCAGGGUAUGAUUAAACUACCAAAGUCCUACAGGUCAUCCAAAGGCAUUGCUGUCACACCAACUGGUUUUGUUGCUGUUGUAAAUGUGGACAAAAAUGAAGUAAUAGUAAUAUGAAUUGUAAUACUGUACAUUUAUCCAAAGUAAUUGGUAGGUUAUUAAUUUCCUUUACAUAAUUAUAUAACUGAUAUAAAUGAAAAAAAAGAAGCUCAUUCUAUGCUUAGCAAACAAAGUCACUACCAUGUGAGGAAAAAAACUUUGUGGUGAGAAAGUUAAAGAGUGCUUAUUCCCUGAAAGUAUCAGAAUGAUAUAUGGGCAACAUAACUAAAUUAGUUCAGUGCACAGUAUAGUGUGUAAGAACUUGCUGCUAGUAUGAGCAGUUCAUAACAAAAGAAUUUUAAAAUAGGAAUAAAGAGAAACACCGGACCUUUUAAACUUGUGGGGAAGCGAACCUCCCCAGCCUAAAGGCCUGACAUGGUUAUUUGCUUUAGUGUAUAUGCUCAUAAAUUGACAGUUAUGAUUUUUUUUACCUUCUGGAAAGUAUAUUUUAUUUUAAUUAUUUCCUUAUAGUUUAAUUAAAUUUUACUGAAAAGUUGAGUAAAAUAAUGUAUUCAUAAAAUUUUA